ACGAGCCGAUUGCUCGCAUUGUGACGCGCGCGAGGCGUAGCCCGCAGGUACAAGCGACAAUGUCAACUCGCGCGCCUGUGAAUAGACACCGUGUAAUCGAUUGGACAAAGUCAAUCAUCUGAGUGGCAGGUCGACGCGACCGUGAAACUCCCGAGCGUUCGCGCUCAGUGGGACCCGACUGCGCGCCUCGACCACUUCCGCCCCCGAUUCUGUGACAUUCGCGGCCAUUAGGACACGAUGGGCUUCUGACGUGCCAUGCGCCGCGUGUGACGGAACAGUGGACGGAUUGAAAAACGAUGUAGAGCUGUUGACCCGGCGGAGGAAAAUGAAAGAGGGCGGUCACGAGGAGGAGGCAAGCGCUGCGCCGCCGCCGGCUGCGGCACAGAGCACGCGCAUCGAGCACGCGUGCUGCUGCCUCGGGGUGCUGGUGGGCAUCUGCCUCAUCUCAGCCAUCGCAGCCGUGCUCAUGAUGAAGGACACCACGGUGGAAGUGACGGUGCUGCGACAGGUGCACGUGCUGAUGUCCCACGGCGAGCGCACGCCCAGCGAGGAGGAGUUGGCGAUGCUGGGAGCUCCACCACCCGACCAUGUGUUCGCGCCCUACGGGGCUGGAGCUUUGACCAACGAGGGCAAAAUGCUGACGUUCGAGAUGGGCGCGCUGCUUAGGAAGAGAUAUAUCGAUUUCCUUGGGCCGUAUUAUCUCGCAGACAAGAGCAUCGUCAUAGCAUCAGACACGAACCUCAGCAAGAUGACUGCCCUGCUGAUAUCGGCGGGGCUGUGGCCGCCGCCGCCGGACCAGGUGUGGAACGACACUAUGGACUGGCAGCCUGUCCCAUACACUUACCCGCCGAGGAGCGAGGAUUAUCUAUUAUAUGAAGAGAACUGUCCCCGAUACAGACAGGAAAAGGAGAGGUUGUUAGAAGCGUUCACAGAGGAGGGUCUACUCGCUCCGUACCGCGAUCUCUUUCAUAAGAUAGCGCAGAUGACGGGAGCCAACUUCACCACGCCGCAGGACGCGUACAACUUAAACAAUCUGUUUAUUAUACAGGAUGACAUAAAAGUAGCGAAUCCAAAAUGGGCAAAGCACGUGAAAAGAAGGCUGCUGGAGGUAGCGCGGCUGGAGUACUCCAUGAUGUUCCACAACAACCUACUGAGAAGACUUAGCGGAGGCGCUCUGCUCCAGCAAAUAAUCAAGGAGGCGAUAUCGAGCACAGCGGACGCGUCGAGUCCAUCCGUGAUAGUGCGUAUAGGGACGCCGGUUACGGUCGCGGCGCUGCUGUCGGCGUGCGUCGCGCCCCCGCCCCGCCUCCCCGACCCCGGCGUCGCCCUGUUGUUCGAGUUGCACGAGCGACAACCCAACAGAAACGAUCAGAACAAUUUGAGCGCCGAAAGGAGAUACGGUUUCAAGAUAUACUAUUGGGACGACGAUUCUGCCGAGCCACGUUUGAUGGAAGUACCGGGUUGCGACUCGUUCUGCCCGCUAGACACUUUUAUUGACAUCACCAAAUAUAUUGUGACACACGACUAUAAGAAAGACUGCACGUUUGAUACGGACAUCUAGUGUCCUUAUUAUAAAGAAGCACCAAAGAACGCAACGGAAAGGAGCUAAAAUAUUAAAUAAUUGGGUGUGAUUUUAAAAUACGUAUUUAAGUAAAAAUAUAAAAUAAAAUAAUGUGAUAAAUUUGAAUAAUCCGUUUUUAUAGGAGAUAAAUAUAAAUUAAAGUUAG